ACUUUUCAUUCAAAUGAGAUCAUAUUGGGAGACGGUGGAGGCGCUAUCAGGUCCAGAUGUUAACAGACUCCCACAUGAAUUUAUCAAGCUGCACAUGAAAAAGGAGCAUUUCGCUGCAGAGCCACUUCCUAUAAAACCAGGACUGGGGCUGAGCGUCACCAGUCUGCAGGUGGAUUCCCAGUUGCUCUGCAGAAACUGGUCCAGAUCUCCAAACCUCCACGAAAAAGCAUCACCCAGAACUGAGGAUCACGUCAUGGUGCCGUCUGGCCCGGUUCUGCUGCUGCUGCUGCUGCUGUCUUCAUUCCUGACCUGCAGCCUGAGCGGCUCGCCGCACUCCGACCUGCAGGAAAACCGCACUCUGCAGAAGAGAGGAAAGACAGCAGACAAAAUAAAGGCUGGAGCUGAAGAUCUUCUGAAGAUUCUAAAUGCACCUAAACCUUUUAUUGGUCUCAUUCCAAAGGCUGGGUCGUAUUUAACUGCUAUCUUAGAUUUUCUAAAUGUCAUUGCUGGUAAAAAUCCAGAACAAGAGCUUCUAGAUUAUCUCAAGUUAAAAUUUGAUGAUCUAAAUAUAAAGAUUGAUAAAAACCAGAAGGAAAUAAUGUUUAACAUUUGGAAAAGUAGUAAUUAUGCAAAGUUGGAGAAGAAAAUAACUAUAGCAUGGAACAAACUCGGGGAACUGCUGAAGGAUUGUAAAAAGCCUUGCUUUGAAAGUCUGAGGAAAGAUGGCAAAGACAAAAUAAUAAACCAAUACUUUAAAAAGGCUGUAAAGUAUGUGGAUGAGCUGCAUUACAAUAUAGCAGGUAAAGGUGUUUACAAUGCUGACUAUAUGCAGCUACUGAAAGACCAUGUGAGAUGUGAUGAACGUCGACUUAAAAUAUUCACAGCUAUUAACGCGCUGCUGGCUCACAGAGCCAUCACCAUGACCAAUUUCUACAACCUCUUCAGUAAUAUUAAAACAGAUGAAGACGCUCUGGCUAAUAAAGCACGCGACAUUUCUGCAGCUAUGUUUCAGAUCCACAAGAACUGCACUUCAGAACCUGAUGAGUAUGUUAAACUGGACAUUCUGGACCAGAUCACAGAGUCAGGGAAGCGAACGGAUCUGGCAAAAAGCAUCAGGGAGUAUUUAGAUAAAACAUUUUACCACUAUAACUGGAUGGUGGUUGCUUUUAAAACUGAAAGUUCAAACCGUAAAAGUGUUUUUACUAAAUGGCUGAAGAGUCACAUUUUGACCGGAUUUACUGCAGUAGACAAAGGGAAAAUUAGUGUGGCUUUCGCCAAACAGGCAAAAGGAAACCACAAGAAAACAGCUCAGGUGGUACAGGCCAUUAAGAAGUGCUACAGCAAACCUGUGCCCUGCAAACAAGUCAAAGCAAAGUUAGAGAGCUGUGCUGAUCUGAAGGGCAAGUAUUCAGCCAUUCAUGCUUACAUUCAUAAAGAGCAUGGCAGCGUUCAUGCUUUAGAGGCAGAAACUGCUCCAACUGCAGAAGUGUUUGAUCCUGAGGAAAAGCAGUCCAUCCCGUACCUUUACUCUGGGAAAUGCACCAUGUUUGGCAAAGUUGCCCCUUUUAAACACUUCAGGGUUCUGAUUGAAAGUGAUGAAGUGUGGAUGAAUAAGAAUCCAUGUCAAGGAAUCAACUGUGGAGGUAAAGAAAGAGGAAAAUGUGUGGAGGUGAAGAACGCCCACAUUGGCCUGUGUGAGUGUGAGAAGAAAUACUAUGGAGAGAACUGUGAGAAAACCAUGGAGGCGUUCAAGAAAGAAGUGUUUAAAAAAAUCCACUAAGGGAGCCUGGGCUGACAGAACCCAGAACGUUUCUGCUCUCAUAUCCCAUCUUUCUGCUCAUAACCUGCAGCUCACAUGUUUUAACCUGAACUGUUUCAUGUUUCACUGAUUUUGACAGAGUUGCUUUGUGAAAACUCCAUAAUUAUGACAAAUUUUCAUUUUAGCCACAAAAUAUGACAGAAGAAAUCAGAUUCUGUGUUUUUUUUCUUGCUUCCAUUUUGUUUUGCUCUUCACAUGAAAACGUUUCAUCUUUUAGCUGUUGAGACGUUUAAGGGAAACGUGGCUGUUGAUGAAAAACUGGUUUCAUGUUGAAAUGAUUUCAGGUUUCUGAACCCAGAACUCAGUUUCUGACCAGCUGUAAUCAAACAUCAAGUGUGAUCUGCUGUUCAAACUUUCUGUGAAAUGAUCUCAUCACGUUUCUUUAAAAUGAUCAUUUGCUUCUUUUGGUUUGAGCUUCUGUUGCAACUUUAAAGGAAAAAACUAAUAAAACUCCAAAUUUAA